UAUUUCAUAGAGAAAUGGAGAUGUCUAUCUAGUGUUUCCUUAUUUUUCUGCAGGAAGGCACUAGGCUUGUUGACUUCCUCUCCCCUCCCUUCCUUCCUUCUCUCCGAAGGUACUCAUCUGAAAAAUGAGAACAAAGUGAUUGUUCCUGUUCUCUUUCUUAAGUCACUUCAAAUGCUAUCCGUGGACGGGCGGCUCAUUGUCAGGAGAGUUGCAGUGCGAGCAGGAGGGAGAGAAACGCAGGUACAGGUACACCAGCAGCAAGCUGCAGCAGCACUUCAGCCAACAGCAUCAAGAGCAGAAAACACACUCAACUGACACAAGAUGGAAACAGACAGAGGGAAUUUCUCUCCAGCAAGAAGUCCUCCUCUCAGAGACCAGCUAAGACAAGCACCUCAGCACAGUUUCUACCUAAGCCCACCACCGCUCUACAUUAAGCCCCCCAAAUUCUCCCCUCCCAGUUACCCCAGCACAUCGCCCAGCAGAGACACCUACAGUACGUUCAGCGCCCCUGCCUUCUUUCCCAUGCUUGGUCCCGGUUAUAUCCAAAAGGAAGGAUCCCAAAAACGCAAAAGAACUCCUUUCAAAAUGAACGCCCAAGGAGGUGAAUCUCCUGACAGAGGAGCAGCAGAGGCAGACGAAAGCAGCAGCAGAAAGAGGACGGUGCACCUCUCCCACGUCCCCUUCUCCCUCCCACCUCGCCCCAUUCCUUCCCCAUCUCCUAAGCCCAUCCCUGGUAUGAUCGAGCUAAACAGACUGCAGCUUCAUCACAGAUCACCAGGUAUUAGUCUACCUGUGCAGGUGAAACAGGAGCCUCUCAGUCCUUCCAGUGUUUGGCCUCCCUCUCGUCUCCUCCUCCAUUCUCCCUUCUUCCCACCUCUCCACCACAACUUCCUCCCAUACCCCUUCUUCAUGCCCGGCCCUGUCAUGCACCUUUCCCCUGGUUCUUUCUACCCAAGAGAGGACCUCCGCCCCGGGCAUCGUGGCCGUGACGGACCUCCUCGAGGUGGGACGACCAGUGCCGAAAAGCUCGGUCUUAACGUCCACGUGGAUGACAGCUACUACGUAGACGUCGGUGGGGACCAGAAGAGAUGGAAGUGUCGUAUGUGUGAGAAGUCCUACACCUCAAAGUACAACCUGGUCACGCACAUCCUGGGGCACAACGGCAUCAAGCCACACGGGUGCCACCUGUGUGGGAAGCUGUUCAAGCAGCUGAGCCACCUGCACACACACCUGCUGACCCACCGGGGCAUGAGGCCCCACAAGUGCCAGGUGUGCCACAAGGCCUUCACUCAGACCAGCCACCUGAAGAGACACAUGAUGCAGCACAGUGACGUGAAGCCAUACAGCUGCAGUGUGUGCGGCAGAGGUUUUGCUUACCCCAGUGAGCUUCGUGCCCAUGAGCUGAAGCAUGAGAAAGGACAGGAGAACGUAUGUGUGGAGUGUGGUCUGGAUUUCCCCACGCUGGCCCAGCUGAAGAGGCACCUUACCGCCCAUCGUGGCCCCACCCUGUACAGGUGUACAGAGUGCCAGAAGACUUUCCAGUACCCGAGCCAGCUUCAGAACCACAUGAUGAAACACAAAGACAUCAGGCCGUACAUCUGCAGCGAGUGCGGGAUGGAGUUCAUCCAGUCACACCACCUGAAGCAGCACACGCUCACUCACAAAGGGGUGAAGGAGCACAAGUGUCGCAUCUGUGGUCGUGAGUUCACGCUAUUGGCCAACAUGAAGCGCCAUGUCCUCAUCCACACCAACAUACGGGCCUACCAGUGCCACAUGUGCUUCAAGAGUUUUGUCCAAAAACAGACUCUCAAGGCUCACAUGAUCGUCCACUCAGACAUCAAGCCCUAUAAAUGCAAGCUUUGUGGGAAGGAGUUCAACAGGAUGCACAACCUAAUGGGCCACAUGCAUCUCCACUCAGACAGCAAACCCUUCAAAUGCCUUUACUGCCCGAGCAAGUUCACGCUGAAGGGAAACCUCACCAGACACAUGAAGGUCAAACACGGCGUCAUGGACAGAGGGCUGGAUGAAAGAUUGUUUAGGCAAAGAGGGCGAUACUGCCUGUCCGCUCCCAUGGGCCUCCUCACCCGCUUCAGCCAAGAGGAGCCGUUUGACCUUUCUCAGAAGCCCCCGGGCCUGCCCAGCCUCCGCCUCUCCCAGUCUGAUGGCGAGAGCGUCCCUGGAAGCUCGUGUCAGGAGGAGGACGAGGAGAGUUUGUACAGAAGGAGCCAGUACAGCCCCGAGGUGGACCAGCACGAGCCGGCAGGCGAGGACCAGUACAUCCCCGAGCUGGAGGAGAGAGAGCAGGGGUCUCCAGCUGAACCGCGGCCAGGGGAGAAGCAGAAAGAAAUGUAUCAGCAUAGUUUAGAUGAACAGAGGGGGUCAGCAGCAGAAGUAGAUCCCAGAGGUGACCAGGUGCACCUCUCGCAGUCAGAAGAGACGUCCGAGAUGGCCUAUGAGUCUGAUUUAGACUACGAGACAGGCAGUAGACAGUCGUAUGAUUAUGACUCUGAUUCAGAACUAGAAGAUGAUCACCAAGAGCUAGACGAGGCAGAGGAAAGCAAACAGCAGAUCGAUGGCUUUUGUGAUGCAGCCAUCGACGUAGCAGAGAGGAACCAGAGCAGAUCAGAGAGAGGGGAAAUAGUGCAUCGCUUGUGCACGAGUGAAUUCAUGGGAGUUACGGGUCCACAGGAUGAAGAAGAAGACAAAGAAAGAGAAGAAGAUGCAGGUUUUUAGGGACGGUUGAUGUUUUUUUUGACAGUACAGUGGAAGUCUCUAAAUGAAACUGAUUAUGGAGGAUGUGGUAUCUUAGCACCAAAAAAAUUAGAAAGCUGAACAUAUCGUGUUUAUUAACAGAGCAAAAAAUAACAAUGAAUUAACUGAAAUACAAAGCUGUGAAGCAUAAUGCAUGUACAGAACAUAUCAUACACUGAUUAUUAGUCACUGACAGACGGUUAAUGUGCAUUUAUGAAUGGGAAAGUAUGUAUAUGGGAGUUUGUUUUUCGUUGUGUGAAUAAAAUGCAAAAAUAUUUUUGUUUGUUUUUUUACAAAUAGUUUUGCAAUAGUGACUCAAAUAUGCAAUUUUGCUUUAACUUUGUCUUUUAAAUGAUUAUAUCUAUUAUAAUAAAAUCAAAAAUGUGUUAUUUUCUCAAACCAUUGUGCAUGUGUUGGGGUUUGUUGUUUGUGUUAACAGAUUCAGAUAUGACAAAGCUUGAGAUUCUUAAGUGCGUCUUUAUGAAUAAACUGUGAUUUCUUUUUUAUGUCUAAUGUUUAGAUUUUUUUUAUGCCUUUGUUAGUUCAAUUUUGGGGGGAUUUUUUUUAUUGUAUGGCAGUGUAAUGAUGGUCGCCUGAAUGUGAUUCUGCUAAAUAAAUACAAAAAUAAAAGCUUGGACGCAUGAA